GGCGAUCGCUCGAGUGGACACUGGCAGCAGGACCUGCCUCAGGAGAAAGUGCGGCUUCGCCAAGACCAAAAAUCCCGAGGGUGUCCGGCUGUAUGCCGGUGCAGGGACCAACUUGGGUCUCCACCUGAACCUACGAGCCUACCUCCAGCAGCCGGACUCUUCGAAGCAGACGCAGUCCUCGGCAACGGCCUCUGCGGAGGGAAGCCAGGAGAAGUGCAAGAAGCGGCCGCUGCCGGCGAGUCCGGACUCGAACGCUACUACUCUGGUCCUGCCGGGGCACCGCUCAGACCAGGAGGACGAAGCGAGCUCGGAAGUCGAGGUCUGCAGCGAAGCACCUCCCCACACCCCUCCGCCGAAGAGGGUCUUGGGGCAGGAACCUUUGUUUCUCACACAGCUGGAGCAGCAGUUGCAGUCUGCCCUCGUCUCCCCACACUGUUCUCUCAGCUCGGAGCACCGCCUCUUGGUCGCCAAGCUGAAAGAGGAAGUGCAGGAAGCGCUUGCCCCUUCUACGAAGGACGCAGCGAACCGGACGCGGUUUGCUGUUCUAGACCACGUGGCCGAGCUGCAAGCUCGCGGCCAAGCCCUGCUCUUGGAAGUGGAAGACAGCAUGCAGACGAGCAUGGCCACGCAGGCUUCGCCUGCAGCGUCCUCGCGGCCGGCUACACCCGCAAAGCCAGAAGCGCAGCCCGAACACCGUGUGCGUUGCGCACACCUGGAAGAGACGCCUUUUUUUGCCCUGCGGAAAGCCAGGCAGUCAAAGGAGGCAUAA